GGAAAUCCCGGUAGUACCGGAAAUCCCUCCCAACGGAAGUUCCGCCGUCAGCCACCUCCGGUGCGGGCGCGGAGCGGCUGCGGCUUCACCGGGCCAUGGCGAACCACCUGCGCUUCGUGGGCCGCACGGUGAUGGUGCAGAACGGGAACGUGGAGGCGGCGUACGGCGUCCUGAACAGGAUCCUGGCGCAGGACGGCGUGGCCGAUGCGGUGCGGCGCUCCCGGUACUACGAGAAGCCGAGCCGGGCGCGGCGGCGGCGGGCGUUCGAGGCGUGCCGGCGGGUGUACUGCGCCGAGAUGGCGCGCAGGAUCGCCUUCCUGACAAGGAGCGCUCGGCAGGACCCGUGGCCGGGCUGCUGAGGGGGAACCGGCCGCAAUAAAAACCCUCUGGCUCUGA